AUGGUGUCAGAAGUGGAUGUCCUUCUUCAAGACUGUGGCGAGGACUUGCCGCUAGUUCAGAAUGAUUCCGAACAACGAGAGUUCAGUGCCUUUCAGUACCUCAAGAAGCUGCUGGACAUCGCAAAACGCAAAAGAGAGGCCCUGGAAAACCAGCUUGCUAAGAAAGAGGAGCAGUUCAAUCUACUUCAGCAAAAACUAUCAGUACUUAAAGGACCGCCGUCAGAAGCUGCAGUGUCUCUUGAAGCAAGUCAGCUGGAAAACUUGAACCGUAUGCUGGCAGUGCUUCAGGGACGGGUCACAUCCUUGACAGUUAGGAACAAGCUCCUCGCUCAAGAAAGUCAGCAGUGGAAAUCAUUUUGUGAAGAUGCGAGUGAAAAAAUUAGAUGCGUGUCAAAUGAAAGUCGCCUCUGGCAGCAGAGACACGAAAAGGUGGCGGAGACUUUGCGAGAGAGAGAGAAUGCUGUUAAGUGUAACAAUUCGUCGCAAACGGAAGCAGACGGAAGCUCCUUUACCGAGAAGGCAGAAACAGAGUGCGAGGGGUUAGACCAGAAAGUCAGCAGCCUCCUAAAACGCAACGGAAAGCUAGAAAGCGAAGCCGACGUUUUGUGGUCAGAACUUUCCUACCUGGAGGAGCAAGCUGAGAUGCUCGUCAGCGACAACAAACAUUUUCAACAGCUAGCUGAGAACUUAAAACAGGCACGAGAUUGCCUCGAGGAGGAGUUGAAGACUCUGCGCGAGCAACACGUCAAGGUCAACAAGGAGAUGGAGAACGAGCACUGUACUGCGCUGGAAAAAGCGGCCAAGUGUGAGGCAGCACUAUCAGCGCUGAAGACAGACCACUCCCAGCUGUUGGACAAGUAUAACCACAUUGUAUACGGACACAGGAACCUGCAGGAAGAGUUUCACGCGGCAGCCCAAGAGAAACGCAGUUUGGAGGGCAGGUGCGCUCAGCUCACAGAAGAGUGGGCAACAGCCAGACGAGCUCUCGCAGUCUUCGAGGAGCAGCAGGGCGCGGUGGGACAAAAGACCAUGCAGGAGCUGCAAGAGCUCUGGCAAGCAAACCAGCAGUUGCAAAAGCGCUUUCGCCUCUUCAAGGACAAGCAUCUCAAGGCUGAAGAACGGUUGGUACAGGCGCCAAACCAAAAAGUGGAAUCCUCGAUGGAACAUGUCACCGAGGGCACUGGGGGUACAGCGAGAACUUCGGAGGCACCAGCAAGCCGAGUCGAGAUAGAGGAACUCUCCCGGCGGUACGAGUCCCUUUUGGAGCAGUCUCGUGCCGAGGAGAACAAGUGGAACCAGGACAAGCAGCAGCAGAAACACAUCGAGGACUUACAGGCGCAACCGAACAUGAUGGCGGACGAAGACGUGGUGAUCACGGGCUUCUCGGCCUACUUUCCCCAGGCCAACCACCUGGCCGAGUUUCGGAAGAAGCUCUACGAUGGCGUCGACAUGGUCACCGACGACGAGGCACGCUGGCCCAGAGGCCACCCUGGACCGGCUGGAGACGGACGGACCCCUGCCGGACCCUGCCUACACUUUGUUGAACCGGGUCGGGCAGCCCAGCGUCAACCAGUUCCCGUUCGUUGCGUCGGGAACUGGUUGACGCUGGGUUAA